AUGCGGUCGGUGGAAGAGCAGGACAACGCACGGCUGCGGGCGGAUUUGCAAACUUCUUUGGCCUCGGGGGCGGAGAUGGGGGUGGCCUUGGUGCGGGACGCCUCCGUGAAGGCCUUGGGCGAGGUCGCCAAGAUGGGCCUUUCUCCCCGUGCUCCCCGGCGCUUCUCCAACCCGUGCGUUCGAUGCCCAGCGGAGCCCGGAACGCCCUCGGAGCCCAUGAGCCGAUAG